AUGACCUUCACUUUAUUCGUGUCUUUCUCGGGGCUUACAGUCAAAGCCGCGAAGGGUGCUACGCCUGCAGUGUCCACGCCUCCUUCCCGAUCGUCUAUCGACCUCACCGCAGAGCAGAUGGAUCGGUUGCUCGAGGAGGCUCCUCAGGACCAUAGGGCUGCCAAAUUGCUCUGUCUCGUUCGCGAUAACUAUCGAUGCGUCGUCACAGGAAGAUACGAUGCUGCUACGGAUAGGAGCAAAUAUCUGGAGGAUAAGACAUUCGUACCCCCAACCCCUAUCGCACCCACAAAGCUUGCGCAUAUAACGGCCGAAUCGACGUAUUCGAAUAUCAAGGGGGGCACUUCACUGUUCUCAUCUGAUGAAAACUGCCCGAGCCCGCGAAGUUAUGCAGCCUCGGUGUGGGCAGUUCUGGAUCAUUUUGGCAAGGUUGGUGUCGUUGACCACCAGUUGAACGAGGGAGGAAUGCACCGCCUUCAAAAUGUGAUGACCAUGUCUCUGGAUGCUCACAUUUUCUUUAACGCACUCGAGAUAUGGUUCAAAGAAAUUGGCGCUGAUCGCUAUCGCCUGUGCGCACAAAGGGAUAGUGUUUUAACUGUACUCGGCGUCGACAUCAACAAUCCUGUAAUCCAGCUCGCUACUACUGAUGCUGGCCUUCCCUUACCCGAUCCGCGUCUUCUUAGCCUCCAUGCGACAUGCGCCAAGGUGGCUCAUCUUUCUGGGGCGGGAGAGUAUAUAGAUGCGAUCCUCAGAGACAUGGAGGAACUGAAGUUAUUGGCCUCUGAUGGUGGCUCAGCUCAUGUGUUGCAAGAUGCGCUACUUCAGUGGCAGACAAGUCGCUGUUCAUUGGAGUGCCCCUGA